UGUACGGAAACAUCGCCAAUGUUAAUGGGGCGCUACGGUCAGAGAGCUUUAAAACAACACAAGAGUCCCGUGAUGAUCCAUAGUUCAGCGGUAGAAUCUGUUUAGUUGGUGCGGUUGCGUCAUCUAACUUUACAAUAAAUACGCCGAAGGAGCCAGACUAGUUAAAACUCGCGCUUCGGAAAGCAUUAGGCUACGAAGUCAGCGAGAACAAUAAGGAUAUAUGGAUAGAGAUCACGCAGAUUUAUUGUCGACGAGAGGGAAAACAAAGCACAGAGUUCACCAGCCAAGUGUUACAUUCACAUUGUUGGUAUAAAGUAGUUUUAGCAUAACCUGAUCUUCGCUUUGAUGGUUUCAUUUGUUUAAAUGGCCCGAGGAUGACGAGCGCAUACAGACACGUCUAGACAUCUGAUAACUCUCGGGUUGUCAGGGUUGAUGCAGUGAAGAUGGGAGCUAUUGUGGAGUGUCAGGCAGGCGCGGGCGGUGGAGCUGGCGUUAAGUAAAGGAAGAAUGCACUUAUCCCAUGUUGGAACCAACAAAAUCUGCUUCCUGCUCUCUGUGGUGUUCUGUGGCCUGCUAGUGCUCCUGAUACCCUCACUGCAACCCCCACAGCGCCAAGGGGAUCUGCCCCAACCCCGGCCCCAUGCCAAGCCCACUAGAGCCGGGCACAUACAUGACCUCCAAAGAAACCCCAGCUCAGCUGGACAUCAGAGAAAUGAUGAUGCCAGGGAGGACAGUUUCACCCACCCAUAUGCUUUCAGGGACCGAUCCAAAGACUUGCAGAAGGUGUUAGAAAGGGACGCUGCGCAUGCCAACUCCCCCAGGUCCCGUUCCAAAGACUCUUUGGAUUUAAGAGACAUUUUUAUUGCUGUCAAGACAACAAGGAAAUAUCACAAGUCCAGGUUACAGCUUCUGGCCCAGACCUGGGUGUCCAAAGCAAAAGAACAGACGUUUAUAUUUACUGAUGGGAAGGAUAAGGAGCUCAGGCUGAAAACAGGGCUUAAUAUCAUCAACACCAACUGUUCUGCGGCACACACUCGCCAAGCCCUGUGCUGUAAGAUGUCUGUGGAAUAUGACAAGUUCAUCGAGUCACAGAAAAAGUGGUUCUGUCAUGUGGACGAUGAUAAUUAUGUCAUCCUGCCUGGUUUGCUGGAGCUACUCUCCUCCUACUCACACACACAGGACGUGUACCUGGGCAGACCCAGUCUGGACCACCCAAUAGAGGCAGCUGAGAGGGUCAAGAGCGAUGGAUCGGUGUCAGUUAAGUUCUGGUUUGCUACUGGAGGAGCCGGCUUCUGUAUCAGCAGAGGUUUAGCACUCAAAAUGAGUCCAUGGGCAAGCCUUGGAAACUUCAUUACGACUGCAGAAAAGAUUCGUCUCCCAGAUGACUGUACGAUAGGUUACAUCAUUGAGGCUUUGCUUGAAGUUCCUCUGACACACACAGGCCUCUUCCACUCACACCUGGAAAAUCUCCAGAGACUUCCCACAAACAACAUUCUCAAACAGGUGACCCUCAGUUAUGGUGGAUUCCAGAACAGACAGAACGUGGUCAGUGUUGGAGGAGCUUUCUCAUUGGCUGAUGAUCCAUCACGGUUUAAAACGGUUCACUGCCUACUCUACCCAGACACUGACUGGUGCCCACGCAAGACUCAUCACUGACCUCUGGGACUCAAUCUUUCCACAAAUCUCUUUAUGCCAACUCUAUGUGAAUAACUGAGGUGGUUGGCGGUGUGUAACAGGAGUUCAAUACCGUUUAAUGUUGCCUUCACAUGUUCAGGUCUCAAAAGCUGGGUUCAGUUAGUUUUUGUUUGGUACUUUGUUUUUAUGUUUCUAUGGUGAAAUAGGGUGUUUAAUUUAUUUGAGCAGUAGUUUUCCUUCAAUAUGUUUUGGAAAAUGAGAAUGACCUAUUUUUAGUCCCUGCAGUGGGUUUUGAUGAAGCGUAUAUCAUAUCUGUGUGUCAAAGAUGAUCUCUUAAAGAAAAACAGUAUUGAUUCAGUAUUGAGUGCAGUCAGAAAAUCACGCAGACCAAAAAACAAACCUGACAUGCUAAUUUAUUUGUUGUUUACCAUGUUUUUAAUGCAUGUUUACUUUUAUAAUACUAUUUCAUUCAAAAAGUGUAUAAGGUGAAGAGAAACAUGACUUUCCAGAGUCUUUUGAUCAGUGUUCAAAUUUCUUUGCUUUCUGGUACUAUUAUCUUAUUUUUGCACAAACAUGUUUCUCACUGCAGGCCAGUGGUUUGCAUAAACAUACCAAAACUACACUUCGGUUUUACUUAAACAUUUUGUUAAUGUGACAGCUUUGCUUUGCUGGAUAUUUGCACUCUCCUAACACUGCCAAACGUUUGUGGAGAUGAUUGUCAAAUUGUUUGCCUCUCUGUUGUGCUUUUUUUAAUCUCAUGUACUGAAAAUGCUGCAAUGUAUGGAUUUCAUUUUAAUAAAUAUUUAUGAUGCA